AUGUUUAUCUCUCAAGACUUUGAUUCAAGCUAUCCUUCUGAUUACUUCCGCAGAGACGGGUGUCGCCAGGUUUUCCCUGUGUCCCUGCCUGGUAGAAACCUAAGCAUAGCUCUGCCUGGAGAGGGCACACGGGCAUUGUUCCGGCAAUCAAAGGAAUAUGUUCCCGUCCCUGGAUUAUUCGACGCUUUGACAGUUUUCUUCGGCUUGAUGGCCAAGGACCACGCUGUAUUCGAUCACGGUCAUGUCACCAGGUUCGAGCUUCGCGACAGCGAAGGCCACCGAACCAACCAUGUAGACCCAUCGCGGAGAAUCAUUGAACACCAGCGAAGGGAUUUUACGUCAUUUCUCAACGGUGAUAGUCUGAAGGCCAUCAUGAAGAGAUUCGAGACCAACUUCUGCAACGAACUACAAGGACGACUACUCAAUGCUCCAACUACACAUGUCCCGGAUCUCUACACCUUUAUCAGGGACUCAAUAUUCAAAGCUGAAGUGGAAGCUCUUUAUGGGGAGAUGAUUUUCAAGAUUUGUCCCUCAUUCUGCCAAGAUUUCUGGGACUUUUACGACGCGUUUCCCGUCAUCUCCCGCCAACUCCCAAGGUGGCUGUUUCCGACAAAGUAUCAGAAGAGAGACAAGAUGCUUCAAAAUCUCCACGCCUGGCGCAUUCAGUGCAAGGCUAAACUUGAUUCUUCAUGCGAAAGUUCUCUCGGCUGUGGGGAGUAUGAACCAGUCUGGGGGACUCUCUAUGUCCGAAGGAUGGUACAAAGACACGAAAAGCUUGGAUUGUCGGAUGACGGAAUUGCUUCAGCUCUCCUGGGCUACCUGUUUGUAACAACCGCAAACACAAUACCAGCGGCAGCAUGGAUGAUUCUGCACACGCUUUCGGAUGAGUCGCUCACGUAUCGUAUGCGCCAUGAACUUUCAAUAGACCACCUAGCUCGUCAGGAUCUUCCAACUCUGGGGAGCGCUCCCCUCCUCAGUUCCGUUUAUCGGGAGACACUCAGACUACACGUUGCUGGCGCUACAGGCCGUACCUCACCUCAAACUGGAUUCGGUUCACACCAAGCUGGUACUGUUACGAUGACAGCAAGCUGGCUUGGUGGACUUGACACAUCAUUUUGGAACGAAGGAGCUGUCGUUGACGGUGUCCCGAAGCAUUCUGUUGACACUUUCUGGGCAGAGCGGUUUCUGGAUUAUCCAGAUGACCCCGGCAGCGGGCCUCUCCGUAAAGCAGGCAAUUACCCACUUGCUGAUCAAUCCCCUAUUAUCUCGGACACGAAGACGACAAUAGAUGACUCAACAGCAACACUAAGCACAAGUGGUCUCCGAGGGCAUUGGUUCCCUUUCGGGGGCGGAGCGUGGAGAUGCCCGGGUGAGACUCUAGCUAAAAAUACCAUUUUGGUCUCGGUGUAUUUAUUACUGCGGGACUUUGAUGUACAUGUUACGGAUCGGGCAGCCGCGUCAAAAGUAGUAUUGGAACCACGCCACAGAACCUUGCCUUUCGGUACGCACGCCUUUAGUCGGCUUGUUCCGGUCGACGUUACAAGACGAGUGUCAUACAAAGAAUAG